AUGUUCGAUUGUCCAUUCAUUGCGAGUAAUUUCAAUCUAUCAUUUUCAAUGGCAACGGAUGCCAAAACAGCAAAGUUUUCAACAAUUUGUUUGUCAAGUCUAUUGAAAUCAUUGUUGUUCUUGUUAACGAUUUCAACAACACCAAUUAAAUCUCCAGAACCAUUCAAUAUCGGACAAGCCAACAAAGAUUUUGUCUUGAAAUUGUUUUGUUCAUCAAAUGAUCUAUUGAAAUCAUUCGAUGAAUAA